AUGGAUCUCUGGCACUAUGUUAAAGUGGUUGUGAUCAAGCUAGCAAGUGCCCUAAGAGAUGUUCGGGUGCGAGUGCCACACGCAGUGCGGCGUGGAGAAAAGGGUAUUCUAAAAUGCUUCUACGACAUCGAGGACGACAGUCUGUACUCAGUGAAGUGGUAUAAAGGUAGACGCGAGUUCUACCGAUACACUCCCAAGGAGACGCCGCCCAUGAAGGUUUUUCAUUUUCCGGGUGUUAAAGUGCGUCGCGUAUCCUCGAACGAGAGCCAAGUGGUGCUGGAUGCGGUAACAAUGGCAACAUCCGGUAAAUACAGUUGUGAAGUUUCGGCGGAUGCGCCCUCAUUUCAUACAUUAAUAGCGGCUGCCGAAUUGGAGGUUAUUGAGACACCGCACAAUGCGCCAUUCAUAACGGGAAUACGUUCCCGAUACCGGGUCGGCGACAUAUUGCGAGGUAAUUGCACAUCGCGACACUCCCGGCCCGCGGCCAAUCUCACAUGGACAGUGAAUAAUGAAGAGGUGAAUCCCUCGCACGUGCGGCAUCACAAAAUCGUUGUGGAGACUCGCAACGAUAUGCAGACCUCCAUUGUGGGCAUCCACUUCGUGGUCACCGAUCAGCACUUCGACAACGGCAAGCUAAAGCUCCGGUGCAGUGCCCAGCUGCACGACGUGUACUGGAAGACCACCGAGAAGACCAUCCUCGAGGCGGAUCCAUUUACCAAGUACGGCAGCGGAGGGGCCAGCGGGAACCGCGUCAGCCCCGACGAGUUCUACGACCAGUACACGCACGAAGACGAGCAGUUCCACAGCAAGAAGAACAGCUAUCUGACACAGCUGCAGGGCGAAGAAGACGACGGAGCCGAAGGAGCGGAGGAUGGCGGCGCCGCCUGGCGGGGCGUGGGCUCGGGCUCGUCCAGCUGCUGUCCGAGUCAAUCUUUGGCAGUCAGUGGAUCGCUGCUGGCGGUGCUCGGCUGGACGCUAGGCAGGCAAUUAGUGUCGCAGUUGCAGGCGCUAACAAGCGGCGCCGGCAUUGCAGCAAGUGGCACAACCAGCAGCAACAGAAGGUGCACCAGCCACCGGACACAUUCCGGACACAUGCGGGUCAGCGCCACAAAGCAACGGCAGCGGCGGGUUCAUGGCCUCCGGGCGUCCGACUGCAGCUGGAGAGGAUGCACAAUCGGCAGGACCAACGACAGCAACAACAGCAGCAGCAGUUGCAUCAGGCAAUUAACAUGAUUCAAUUGUCAUGCAACUCUUGUGCCACAUUAUGGGGAGGGGGAGAUGAACGGGAUGCGAGAGUAGGGAGCGCGUUGGAGGGAAGAGCUGUAGCAAUACAUAUACCCGUAGAGAUGCCAGAAUGCGCAGAGCAGAGCAAAUGCGAUGCUGAGGAGGUUAGAGAUGUGAGAGUUCAGCCCUAGGCCAAGACCCAGAAGCAAAAGCAACCACUGCAAAAUGUAUCUAAAAUAUUUACACAUUCAUACACUAAGACACAAGACACUCGUUUCAGCUAGCUCAAAGUAACUUCGAAUGCAUUUAUGGCAUACAACAAAAAAAAUAUAUAUAUAAAGACACACAAAAGUGACCCAUUAUAAAGUAUGGGAGCUAUUUCAUAAAAAAUGCAGCGAAAUAUUUGUUCAUUUCUUCAUGAGACAAAAGGGGAAUCGAAGAGGUGUUUCCAAAAGGGGUUCCCAAAAACGGUAUAGAGUCCUUUUUGGAACCACAUCAAAACCGCUCCAUUUCAUCAAAUGAAGAAGAAAAAACGGAAAAUGUUGUGCUAAGCUUUUCACUUUCAGUUCUCUAUAAAAAUAUAUUUAUAUAUCAAA